AUGAAGAAGUACCGCAACGGAAACUCCGGCCCUUACACACCUGAGUAUCACGCCUUGCUAGGAAGCGCACCGUGGAUCAUCAUAAGGCGCUUGCUUAGUCAGCCACUGAAGGACGUGGGGGACGAUAGCAGCACCCCUCAGAUAUCUGAAGGAGAUAUUGUAACCGUCUUUUCGCAAUUCGGUGAAAUUGUUGACGUCCGUUUCGUGCGCCACCGGAAAACUGGCCGCUUUCUGGGAACUGCAUUCGUGAAGUUCAAAGACUACCGCAGUGGAAUUCUGGCAGCCGACGAACUUAACAGCAACUACGACAAGGGUGAGCAUUUCUUCCUUUCGGAGUCACAGGAAGGUUCAGUGUCUUCCGGUGAGCAGAAGGGGAUAACGGUGGAGCGAUGCGAGGAGGUUGUUGUGCCUCAGUUGUACAAUGAAGAGGUGGAAACAUAUGCGCAGUGGCUGUGCCGGCAUAACAUUACGCUGUAA